AUGGACGAGUCGGAUGAGCAAUUGGAAACUUUAAAAGAUGUAGAUGUUUUGACAAAGCAGAUUUUCUACCGUCUAAAUUCCAUCACUUACAAGACGGUGGUCGUUCCAGUGAUGAACCCAACUUCCAACGCAAUCGGUUUCAUGGUAAAGGUUUCAUCCCGUAAGUACAUGUCUGCAAACCCAAAGUACGGGAUUCUAGAAAAAGGCGAGCAUGAACUUAUCGAAAUAUCAUUUCAUCCUAUGCCCGAGGAGAACAAAGGUCGAAGCGAGGAACAUGAGCUUGUGACAAUCAUAUUUGCUGUGAUGCCUAAAAAUAAAAAUUUUAAAACUCCUUCUGACAUAUGGACAGAUCUGGACAACCUCCCAAAACCCGUGCGUUGCGUAGAGAUUCCCAUUAUUUACAUUCCUCCUAGACCUGAGGAAUCAGCUCCUAAGAAGGAGGCCGAGAGAAGACAACCUGAUCAAGCGGUGUCAGCAGAACCUCUAAAGCGUGAAGCGAAAGUUGAACGUGCAACGGAAGAAGAAAAAACUACUCGGGAAGCAAAUGGAGGUGAGAAUAUGGAAAAGAGUGAACAGGCAAAGAUCGCAGAACAAGAAGGAGAAAAAAGUCAACUCACUUAA